AUGGCUGAAGUAGCUCUUAAAAAAAUAGGUACACACAGUGGCGUUUUCCAUUGUGAUGAAGUUCUCGCUUGUGUUAUGCUUUCUAAAUAUACUAGUGAAUUUAAGGAUGGCAUUAUUACCCGUACUCGUGAAUAAGAAAUUCUUGAUUAGCAAAAUAUUAUUGUUGAUGUUGGUGGUAUUUAUGAUCCUAGCAAACAUAGAUAUGAUCACCAUUAAAGAUCUUUUGUGGACACUUUCAGCAGUCAACAUAAUAUUCGUUUGAGCAGUGCAGGUUUAGUUUACAAACAUUUUGGCCAAGAAAUUAUCAAGAAUGUUGCAUAAUCUCUUAUAGAUGAAAAUAAAGAUAACUUAAAUAUUGAAAUAACAUUAAAUCAAGAAACUCUUGAUAGUUUAUAUUAAAGAAUAUAUGAUGGUUUCAUUUAAGGAGUUGAUGGUUCUGACAAUGGAGUUGAACAAUAUCCUGUAGAAGUCAAGUCAGCUUACUCUAAUCCAACUCAGCUUUAGUAGAGAAUUGGUAGACUCAAUCCUUUGUGGACUGAGAAGAAUACUGAUGAAAAUGUGAGAUUUAGAAGUGCCAUGGAAAUCGCUGACAUGGAAUUGAGAUGGUAGGUUAAAAUUCAACUCUUAUCUGUUUUACCUGCUUAUGAUAUAGUCAAGUAGAGUGUUUUGAAUAGAUUUAACGUUCAUCCUUCUGGUGAAAUUGUUAUACUCGAAACAGUUGUUCCUUGGAAGUCCCAUCUUGAAGACUUAGAAAAGUCAUUAAAUUUAGGAAAGCAAAUAAAAUUUGUUCUUUUCCCUGAAUCUUCUGCAAAAAAAGCCUGGAGAGUUUCAACAGUCCCUGAAAAUUGGGGUACUUAUGAUUUAAGAAUUGGUCUUAAAGAAGAGUGGAGAGGUAUUAAAGAUAUGACAGAACUAAAAAAUGUAACCAAAAUCGAUGAUAUUGUAUUUGUCCAUAAUAGUGGCUUCAUUGGCGGAGCAAAGUCUUAUGAAAGUGUUUUAAGAAUGGCACUUGAAAGCAUUGAAGCACAUAAUGCCAAAUUAAAUAACAAAUAAUGA